GGAGCGCAGGGGAGGGGACGGGCGGGCGGCCGGCAGCGCCGAGGGAGUGAGUCACCUGACCGCCGCUUGCAGCCUGCAGUCGGGCCGCGCCGCGCCUCGGCUCCGGUCGGUGACAGUUAGAAGCAUGCUUUCCACUGCUCUCCCUGAUCCCGUCUGCCACCCAGGAUGUCUGUGAGUGAGAGCGCAGUGUUUGCCUAUGAGUCCUCCGUGCACAGCACCAACGUCUUGCUCAGCCUCAAUGACCAGCGGAGGAAGGACGUGCUGUGCGACGUCACUGUCGUGGUGGAGGGCCAGCGGUUCCGAGCCCACCGCUCGGUGCUGGCUGCAUGCAGCAGCUACUUCCACUCGAGAAUCGUAGGCCAGACUGAUGCUGAGCUCACCAUCACACUGCCUGAAGAGGUGACAGUUAAAGGAUUUGAACCUUUGAUUCAGUUUGCCUACACUGCCAAGCUCAUCCUAAGCAAAGACAAUGUGGAUGCGGUGUGCAGGUGUGCGGAGUUCCUGAGCGUGCACAAUAUCGAGGAAUCCUGUUUUCAGUUUCUCAAGUUUAAGUUUCUGGACUCCACCGCGGAGCAGCAAGAAUGUGCAGGGAAAAAAUGCUUCUCCCCCCACUGUCAGAAAGCAGACUUUAAAAUCUCACUUUCAGACCAGAAAGAUCUAGAAAUCAUUGAAGCAGAGGAGUACUUGGAAAAGAAAAGUAUUCAGGCCCCUCAGUGUGACCCGCAAAGGUGUCAGGGCAAUGUGAAAGCAUCGCCCUCUCUCCAGGACAGUGCCAGUCAGACGUGCCAGGCCAUGUGCUUGGAGAAGGAUGGAGCCCUGGCAUUGCCAUCUUUGUGUCCCAAGUACAGAAAAUUCCAGAAAGCGUUUGGAACUGACAAGAUCCGUACUCUAGAAUGUGGCAUCAAAGAUGUCCAUGCUGCUUCUGUCCAACUGAACGAGACGUCUGAACUCGAGUGUUUGGGGGGAGCACAAGGCUGUGCAGAUUUACAAGUGAUUUUAAAAUGUGAAGGAGCGAAGCCAGCCAUGGAGAGUGUGGAGACAAAGCGCAGAGACCCCACCCCUCAGUGCCCCGCGGCGCAGACCGAAGCGGCUCCUUUCCCUCACAGUUCUGCAGACCCUCACGGGCUCUAUUCCCUGCCACUCUUACACGCAUACGACCAGUCGGGUGACUUGGGCUUUGCUGGGGUGCAAAGCAAAACAGUGAAAGCAGAGAAACCUUUGUCAGCUCCAGAUGCACAGGAAGAGAAACCGUUCUGUGAAAAUCAGGAUUUAUACCUGAAAUCUGAGACAGGCCCCAAAGAAGACAGCAGCAGCCUUGCUUCUGGUGAUCGGAGUAGUGUGGAGAGGGAGGUGGCGGAGCACCUGGCCAAAGGCUUCUGGAGUGACAUUUGCAGCACGGACUCGACUUGCCAAACGCAGUUGUCACCUGCUGCGGCCAAAGAGGGCUCAGAACAGGGCUUCUCGCAAAGGCGGUCCGAGUGUCCCUGGUUGGGUAUCAGGAUCAGCGAGAGCCCAGAGCCAGGCCAGCGGACUUUCACAACUCUCAGUUCCGUCAACUGCCCCUUUAUAAGUACUCUGAGUUCCGAAGGCUGCUCGAGCAACUUGGAGAUGGGAAACUACGAUUACGUGGCGGAGCCUCCACAGGAGCCUUGUCCGUACGCUUGCGUGAUCAGCCUGGGCGAUGACUCUGAGACCGACACAGAAGGUGACAGUGAGUCCUGUUCUGCCAGGGAGCAGGAAUGUGAGCAAAGUGAAAAGGAGAGCCUGCUCAAGGAACGAGAUCUCAUCUUGUCGACGCUGGGUGAAACAAAGCAGAACCUGACGGGACUUUGCCAGCAAGUGUGCAAGGAAGCUGCUCUGAGUCAGGAGCAGAUUCAGAUCCUCGCCAAGUACUCAGCCUCAGACUGCCCGCUUUCUUUUCUAAUUUCGGAGAAAGGAAAAAGUACUGAUGGUGAACUUGCUUUUCCUUCAGUUUUCAGCGUGUCUGAUGGGCCACCCCCCUGUGGACCAGGGAGCAGCAAGGCAGGCCAGAAACCAGGGCAGGAGUCCCAGACAACCGUGCCAACCACCGCAGCCGCCCUGGAGCAGGCCACACUGUUGGAACCCUGUCGGCAGAGUGGCGGGAUCUCAGACUUCUGCCAGCAGAUGACUGACAAGUGCACUACUGAUGAGUGAACCGCGAGCGUCCUCCAGCCGUGGAUUUCCUACUGAGGUUUCGGCGUUGUCUUGAGAGCCGCGCAUGGCCGUGUCUUCUUGCUUUCAGUAGCCUUGCUUCCCCCUGGUAGCUUUCUGGAGAGGGAAUUGAAUUUCUCUUCUAAGGUGACCCUGAGUUCUCCUUGGUUUUCACAGAAGACAUGACAUGAUUUACCUCUUGGAUGCCGAAAAAAAUCACAUGUGAAAAUGUAGAGUAAUAAUCUCCCAGUGUUCAAAAUAAUUAAGAUAGUGAAAACCGCAGGGUCCGCUUCAACAGCUGGCAGCAUCUGCACCUGGCCCUCCUGGCCUGUGGAAACUCAGUAAUCUACCUUUUGACAGAAUACUGAUCAGAAAGAAAAGUUCUCCCCAAGCAGUGCAGUGGCGGCGAGCUACCCAGAAGGGGCGUGUCAGCACUGAGUGUGUAGAGCUGUCACGGGGAAAAGAAAUCAUCUUCCAACUCUCACGCUCCUACCAAAGUCCAGCCUGGACUGGACCCGGUGACCUGAGGCUGCCCCGGCAGGACUUAGUGAAGGGCCACAGCGGCCUGUGCUGGAGGCCUCCCCUCCUCAAUACUGACUAGAGUUUCUGGCUGCACCAACACUAGAGAGUUGUCAUUUCCCCUGCUCUCUCCUUUGAUCCCGUCUGCAGUUUUUGCCAUGUCUAGGCCAGUCACGGACUUCCUGUUCCCUUCUUGUCCCUUGGAGGAAGAAAUGGGAGUUAGGCUGAGUGACCUGAGUGUUCACAAGCUGGACAGAACCACAGUUGCCACGGAUCUGGAGACCACACUGCACAAGGCCGUUCAUUGUCUCGCUGCCGAUCACCGAUGCCCAAGAAGGCACUAGGAUAUGUGUGUGUUGGGGGGGCGGGUAUCUACAUUGACCAGAGGUGCAGCUCGCUGGCAUCCUAAGGAAGAGCUGCGGUCUGUAAAAAGCUCUGUUGGAGCAAGCGUGGAGCCACAGCUCUGCUGCCAUUUGAAACCAUAAAAUUUGUGCUCAGUCCAUUACGGGCUUGCACGGAAGCAGAUUGAACCCUGUUAUCCCUGCCCCCCCAAUUUGGUAUGGUGUAAAGGCAUGUGCAUCACUUUGACUUGGACAUGGCCAAGUCAAUCUUGUGCUUAUUUUAAUGUUAGUAGAAAAUGAAUUUAUAAUAAUCUGAGCGUCUACUCCAUAACAUUUUGCAGUGAUUCUUGGUUGUUCUGGAAUCUCACACUAUAGACCUCAGCAGUAGAAACAAAGCAUCGUGUAUACAAGUUCAAUAUCCCUAUUCAAGGAAUGUGAAAUGCCUUAAAAUUGGAAAUGUUCUGAGUACCUAGCUGAUAGCAGACGUGGGACAUUCCAGUCCUGAGUUCAUGAGGUGGGCCACAGGCAAAAAAGGAUAUUCAGAAUCUUCUGAGAGCUUCUUUAGGAUACAUGUGUAAGGUACAUGGGAACUUCAUUAGGACUUUAUGGGAGCGUCUUAUCUUCAAGCUAACUGUAGAAGCUUCUACAUUCUGUAGAAGUGGAUAUUUGACAAACGGGGAAAAUCUGAGUUGUGAGGCACCUGUGCUCUCAAACACCUGUGAUAAGGGGGUCUCCCGGGAUGCUCCUGGGAGUGUUUGUAGAGUUGUGCUUAAAGGAGCAGUCAAUAGGAUGCCAUCUCUCCAAGUCAGGUAGUUGGAGGAGACACUCAUUUUCACUGCGUGCUGCGUCCAGUGAGAGCCUAGAGAGGGAAAGAGAGGGCGAGAGCACGCCAGAGAGCCACCUGAGUGCGGUAUCAUGUCGGUAGGUACCUAGCUGGUGCUUGCUGUGAGGGGGUACGGGGACCAGCUUCAGUAUGAUUAGUUGUCAUGACGCCCUUCUCUCCUGGGUGCAGGGAGGGAGGGAGGAGAGUGUGUAUUUUAUCUUUGGAAGAGAAAAUGAAAUUGGAAUUAUCUUCUAGAAACUUUGAAAAGUCCCCUCCGUUUGUCUGGGAGAGAACACUCACGGUGACAAAGCAUCCCAUGUGACAAAGAGCUGUGUAUAUAUGUAUAUGUCCCCACGCAGCUGUUUGAUACUUGUAAUUUUAGAUUUCAACAACGUAAAAUAAUAUGAAAACGUCUCUGGUUUACAAAGUGUAAAAUCUUCUACAAGCCAAUGGAGUCCUUGAUUUCCUACCUCACUGUACACUCGACUGUCUGCCAUCAGUGUGCACACGUCCAAUUUUUUUUGCUUUAAAUGUAACUGUAAAUAUUUGCUUUGGAAAGUUACUUAGCAUUUCAUGAUAAGACCCAGUUCUCUCCUCAAUGUAAAGAUACUUUUUAAGACACUUCCUUUAAAUUUCUUUCUACCUUUGAACGUUUAGCAUUAAGGGUUAAUUUUAAUGGUGUUUGGUAAUUGGCCAAGUGUAAUAGUUCUUAAAAUUUAGCAUUACUUUUAACAGCCAGCAUAUAAUACAAGUAACUACACUACCUCAUUCCUGUGUGAUUUUCGAGUUGUAUUGGAUGGACAGGAAAGAUUUUACCUUUGUCUUUGGCCAUGACGUGGGUAAGUUGUCUGUAUAUUGCAUAGCAUUAUACAUUUAUGCCUAUUUUAACGUGAACUUUUAGAGACUUUUCUAAGAAAAUUUGUUUUAAGGCAAUAUUUUUUUUGGGGGGGGGAUGCCGAAGACAAAUGAUAGGAUCAUAUGUGUACACAUAUGCUUUUUCCUUCAUGCAGAGUUUUGAUGAUGUUUUCCAUUUGUUAUUUGCAUAUUCCUGCAAUCAUUGCUCCUUGUUGUAUGAUCCAGCCUUCUCAAUGCCUGGUGAUUUCUUUUAAGUUGUCAUGUCUGACUCAGUACAAUUAUGUCCUCUUAAAUUUUUGCCCCUUAUUUGAAUCCUAUAGCUGCAAGCACAUAAUUUGUUAAAUUCUUAUGUUCAGAAUAAAAAUGGAUAUAACUUUGGUUGUCCAUCUGCAAGCAUUAUAACAAUUUACUGUAGCUUGAUGCUUAGCCAAUUUUAAGUUAGGAAUUCAACAUAAAUGAUGUGUGGAUAGUGGAGAUGGCAUGAGGGCACGCAUCCAUGUUAACAACUUGGGAAAAAAGAGAAGCAAACGGCGAUGUCACAGUGAAUUCUCAGGUGAACCUUUCGGUUACAAAAACAUCUAUUUUGAAUUUGUAAAUAUUUUAACUGUUUUAUUAGAGCAUGUACUAAACUAUUCUUUGACACCUGUUCAGUAGAAUGAAAAUUUAAAGCCAUAAUGGUAAAAGAUGGCAUACUGAUUGUAAAAUAAACAAAUAAUAAUAUUGAUUUUUUUGUAUCUUUCAUAAUAUAAUUUUUCUAACUGCAAUAAAACCACUGAACUUAUAUAUUCAUGUCCUAUUAAGCCCAUGUUUCAUUAGAAGUAUACUUUAUAAUAUUUCAUUUACAUUUUCUUCCUAAUAGGCUUGUUUAUGUGUCAGAUAUAAGUAGUAGAUGCUGACGGUGGA